AUGUCUCCCGUCACGGCCCGGCACCCCAACUCUCCCAUCGCGGCCCCACAGCCCAACUCUCCCAUCACAGCCCAACACCCCAACCCUCCCAUCACAGCCCGGCACCCCAACCCUCCCAUCACGGCCCCACGGCCCAACUCUCCCAUCGCGGCCCCACAGCCCAACUCUCCCAUCACAGCCCAACACCCCAACCCUCCCAUCACAGCCCAGCGGCCCAACUUUCCCGUCGCGGCCCAGAAGCCCAACUCUCCCAUCGCGGCCCCACAGCCCAACUCUCCCAUCACAGCCCAACACCCCAACUCUCCCAUCACGGCCCGGCACCCCAACCCUCCCAUCACAGCCCCACGGCCCAACUCUCCCGCCGCGGCCCAACACCCCAACCCUCCCAACGCAGCCCGGCAGCCCAACUCUCCCAUCACAGCCCAGAAGCCCAACUCUCCCGUCGUGGCCCAACACUCCAACUCUCCCAUCACGGCCCGGCACCCCAACUCUCCCAUCACGGCCCCACGGCCCAAACCUCCCAUCACAGCCCGGCAGCCCAACUCUCCCGUCGCGGCCCAGCGGCCCAACUCUCCCGCCGCGGCCCAACACCCCAACCCUCCCAAUGCGGCCCCACAGCCCAACUCUCCCAUCACAGCCCAGCAGCCCAACUCUCCCGUUGCGGCCGACACCCCAACUCUCCCAUUGUGGCCCCACGGCCCAACUCUCCCAUCGCGGCCCGGCAGCCCACCUCUCCCAUCACAGCCCAGCACCCCAACUCUCCCAUCGUGGCCAACACCCCAACUCCCCCGUCGCGGCCCAGUGGCCCAACUCUCCCAUCGAGGCCCCGCCGCCCAACUCUCUCAUCACGGCCCAGCACCCCAACUCUCUCGUCGCUGCCCAACACCCCAACUCUCCCAUCGCAGGCCAACACCCCAACUCUCCCAUCGCGGCCCAACACCCAACUCUCCCAUCACAACCCGGCGGCCCAACUCUCCCAUUACGGUCCGGCACCCCAACUCUCCCGUCGCGGCCCCACGGCCCAACUCUCCUGUCGCGGCCCAACACCCCAACCCUCCCAUCGCAGCCCCACGGCCCAACUCUCCCAUCACGGCCCAACACCCCAACCCUCCCAUCACAGCCCAGCGACCCAACUUUCCCGUCGCAGCCCAGAAGCCCAACUCUCCCGUCGUGGCCCAACACUCCAACUCUCCCAUCGCGGCCCGGCACCCCAACUCUCCCAUCACGGCCCCACGGCCCAACCCUCCCAUCGCGGCCCAGCACACCAACUCUCCCGUCGCGGCCCAGCGGCCCAACUCUCCCGCCGCGGCCCGGCACCCCAACUCUCCCAUCGCAGCCAACACCCCAACUCCCCCGUCGCGGCCCACCCCACACCCCAACUCUCCCAUCGCAGCCCCGCACCCCAACUCUCUCAUCGCGGUCUGGCACCCCAACUCUCCCAUCGCGGUCCGGCAGCCCAACUGCCCCAUCGCAGCCCAACACCCCAACUCUCUCGUCGCGGCCCCGUGGCCCAACUCUCCCAUCGCGGUCCAGCGGCCCAACUCUCCCGUCGCGGCCCAACAUCCCAACUCUCCCAUCACAACCCCGCAGCCCAACUCUCCUGUUACGGCCCGACACCCCAACUCUCCCAUUGUGGCCCCACGGCCCAACACUCCCUUCGCGGCCUGGCACCCCAACUCUCCCAUCGCGGCCCAACACCCCAACUCCCCCGUCGCGGCCCGGCGGCCCAACUCUCCCAUCGAGGCCCCGCCGCCCAACUCUCCCAUCACGGCCCAGCACCCCAACUCUCUCGUCGCGGCCCCGUGGCCCAACUCUCCCAUCGCGGCCCAGCGGCCCAACUCUCCCGUCGAGGCCCCGCCGCCCAACUCUCCCAUCGCGGCCCAGCGGCCCAACUCUCCCAUCACGGCCCAGCACCCCAACUCUCUCGUCGCUGCCCCGCACCCCAACUCUCCCAUCACAGCCCCGCACCCCAACUCUCCCAUCACAGCCCCGCACCUCAACUCUCCCAUCGCGGUCCGGCAGCCCGACUGCCCCAUCGCGGCCCAACACCCCAACUCUCUCGUCGCGGCCCCGCGGCCCAACUCUCCCUUCACAGCCCCGCACCCCAACUCUCCCAUCACAGCCCCGCACUCCAACUCUCCCGUCGCAGCCCCGCACUCCAACUCUCCCAUCGUGAUCUGGCACCCCAACUCUCCCAUCGUGGCCCAACACCCCAACUCUCCCAUCGUGGCCCGGCAGCCCAACUCUCCCAUCACAGCCCCGCACCCCAACUCUCCCAUCGCGGUUCCGUGGCCCAACUCUCCCAUCGCGGCCCAACACCUCAACUCUCCCAUCACAGCCCCACACCCCAACUCUUCCAUCGCGGUCCGGCAGCCCAACUGCCCCAUCGCGGCCCAACACCCCAACUCUCUCGUCGCGGCCCCGCCGCCCAACUCUCCCGUCACAGCCCCGCACCCCAACUCUCCCAUCGCGGUCCGGCAGCCCAACUGCCCCAUCGCGGCCCAACACCCCAACUCUCUCGUCGCGGCCCCGCGGCCCAACUCUCCCGUCACAGCCCCGCACCCCAACUCUCCCAUCGCGGCCCAACACCUCAACUCUCCCAUCACAGCCCCGCACCCCAACUCUCCCAUCGCGGCCCAACACCCCAACUCCCCCGUCGCGGCCCGGUGGCCCAACUCUCCCAUCGAGGCCCCGCCGCCCAACUCUCCCAUCACAGCCCUGCACCCCAACUCUCCCAUCGCGGUCCGGCAGCCCAACUGCCCCAUCGCGGCCCAACACCCCAACUCUCUCGUCGCGGCCCCGCCGCCCAACUCUCCCAUUACAGCCCCGCACCCCAACUCUCCCAUCGCGGUCCGGCAGCCCAACUGCCCCAUCGCGGCCCAAUACCCCAACUCUCCCGUCACAGCCCCGCACCCCAACUCUCCCAUCACAGCCCCGCACUCCAACUCUCCCGUCGCCCCGCGGCCAAUACCACAGAAGAGAGGAAAGGACCAGUGGUGUCAGGAAUUCCCGAUGGACUUCUGGAAGUUAUUGCACAAUGGGUUCCUUCAUCAAAUGACCUGGCCUUUCUUCCCCGUGAUCUCCUCCUCCGAUGACGACUGA